AUGUCGAAGAAGAUCGUCCUCAAUCUCCCGGCCCUCUCCUUCACAGCUCCCCCCAGAAAGGGGGACGACGAGGGCAGCAUUUUCCCCGCGACGCGGCUGCCCAAAGCGGGUCCCUCGCUCUUUCUGGAGCCGCAGCCUUGGGCGAUUCACUGCGCCGCGCUCCUCCUUCUGGGCACCUUGCUGGACUUGCGGGACGAGGACUGGAGGAAAUUCAAGGGCGAACUGCUCAGAUUCCCGGUCAAGGAGGGCGUCGGAAGAAUCCCCAAAAGGUUGCUGAGGGAAGCCGAUGCUCGGCAGCUCAGGGAUCUAUUAAUCCACUACUAUGGCGAGGCUUAUGCCGUGGAGGUGACGGCGCUGGUGCUGCAGGCGAUGGACUACAAGCCCCCGGUGGGCUCUCUCUUUGUUUUCAUCAGGCUAAGUAAGGAUCUCCGGAGAGGGGUGGAUCCAUCCGGCUGGUGGUGGUGACACCUCGGGGUUCUGUUUGCACUGACAGCACAGCUCCUUCCCAUGGCUGUAGUCGCCCAGGGGUGGGGCAACUUUUCCAGCAAAGGCCCAUGUUAGGCAGGGCCAGCAGUGAAAGGGAGCAGAAUGACGGGUGUCAAUGUUACCUGCGGAAAGUGGGCUAAUAUUUUCACACAUCCCUCUGCCCUCCAUCUAGACCAGAAAGAAGCUUUGUCGGAGCUAGGGCUGCCCCAAGAGAGUUUAGCGCCUGAGGCGAAACAGAAAAAUGGCUCCCCACCAGGGAAGAAGGAACAUCAGGAACAAGGUGGGGAAUAACGAUCUGCAUUGGGAUCUGCUGCCCCUGUGGAUCAUGCCUCACCUUGCCUCAGGAGUGCGCCAGGCCUGAUGGAGCUCAAGGCCCCAUUCCAGGAAGGCAGAGACACCCCAGGAGAGUUUCCAGGCGGGGUCAGUGAGGGGUGUGGCCUGGGGAGCAUUCCAAGGGCUUGAAGGAGGGGCCUGGAGGAGCCCAUUUGGCCACAGGGCUUGAGACUCCCUGCUCCUAGAUUAGCCUAGCCCCAAAGUGCAUCAAUAAAUAACAAAAAAUAUCAAGCUGAGAUAUUUUUAGUACAUGCACUGUUUUCUAUAGAAAGCUUUUGGCUGAUGGCAGUAAUUCUCAGUAGCUUUCAACAAUCGGAUUGCCAAUGCUUAAAGGUAAAGGAAAAGGGACCCCUAACCAUUAGGUCCAGUCGUGGCCGACUCUGGGGUUGCGGCGCUCAUCUUGCUUUAUUGGCCGAGGGAGCCGGCGUACAGCUUCUGGGUCAUGUGGCCAGCAUGACUAAGCUGCUUCUGGUGAACCAGAGCAGCGCACGGAAACGCCGUUUACCUUCCCACCGGAGCGGUACCUAUUUAUCUACUUGCACUUUAACGUGCUUUCGAACUGCUAGGUUGGCAGGAGCUGGGACUGUGCAAUGGGAGCUCACCCCGUCGUGAGGAUUCGAACCACUGACCUUCUGAUCGGCAAGUCCUAGGCUCUGUGGUUUAACCCACAGCGCCUCCUGUGUCCCUUGCCAAUGCUUAAUAAAUUGCAAAUACGGUAUCUUCAUCUUAGGAUGCAGAGAACAGCAAAGAAACAGUUUACAUGAAUUUCUUGUGGUCCUUUGGACUUGGGGUUCAGAUUUUUCCUUGUGGAGUGCAGUCUUCUUUCCUUCAUGUUUGAAGCCUGCAAAUAGCUAAGAAGAGGCAUGUAAAUUAAUAGAGUCUUCAGGCCUUCCUAACCCCCUUGGAGUUUUUUCUGUCUUCUGAGUCAGGCUGAAUUGCUGGAAUCAUUGGAAAUAAUAGAAAGGGCACAUUGGACCAGUUGGUCCAGCUCAUUCCAAGGUUUUAGGCAGGAAUAUUUCCCAGCCCUAUCUGGAGAUUCCAGGCAUUCAACCUGGGAUCCUUUGUAUGCAUGUGAUCUACCACUGAUCCACGGCCCUUUCCCACUUAGUGCUACCUAUUCAAGGUUUUCCAACAGGAAGAGAAGGGGAAGGGGAAUGUAGGAACGCUGGGUUUUUUCUGUUCAAUACUGCUACUAACACCAAUAAUUCCAACAGUAAGGAUUACACAUUUAUGCCUGCUGGUCACCCUGAAAACCUUGAAGGAGUCAGAUCUGAAGAAGUUCAAGGAUAAACUCAGCGUGUUCCCCUUCAAGGAAGGCUAUGUCAGUAUCCCCAAGGGGUUGCUGGAGGAAGCAAAUCUUUGGGAGCUCACAGAAUUGCUGCUUACAUACUGUGCUGAGGAUUAUUCUGUGGAGGUGGUGUCAGAGGUGCUGAAGGCCAUUGAAUGUGAGCCCUUGCCAGAAUGGCUCUUUCGUCUCAUCGGGAAAGGUAAGGAACUUGGAAGGGAGAACAUUGGCUGAGUCUAAUGGUCUUCUUCUAGGAGUGGGGCUGGGUGUAAAGGAAGCUUCUUGGAAGGGCUUUGGGUGUGUCUCAAAUCUGUGCAGCAUUCUGAAUAUGUAUUCUGGACAAAAUCAGAAGGAAGACUCUGAAAUCAGUAUCUCUUCAAGUUUCACAAUGAUUUUAUAAAAUCAAUGUCAUCACUUCAGAACAAUAUUAUCCCUUCCCCUCUGCUUACAUAUGCCUCCUGGCCCUGAAGGUUCUGGCAGAACUUCAGCUAAGCCAUGGGCUUGAUUAACUAAAACUGUUUGUGUGUACUCAUUUUCUCAAUAUAUCUAACAGCAGAGCAACCCGCCGAAACACAUGUUUCAAGGCAUCGGACAGCUGUAGUAUUGUCUUCAAAAAUUAUUCAAGGUCUGGAGGAGCUGCUUUCAUCAGAAAGAGCCACCAAAGGGUAAUUUCUACACUUUACUUAAGUGACUGAAGCCACCAUUUUAGCAAUGUGUUUUCCCCUCUCAGUUAACACUACACCAAGCUGCACUCUCAAUGCAAAACAAAUGCAAAACGCUUCAAUUUUAAACAUUAUAUGACAAGAAUGUUACUUGCCCAAAAAUGGAAAGAAGAAGUUCAAGCAAAGGAAGAAUGGAUACAAAAACUUAUAGAAUAUGCAGAAAUGGAGAAACUUACCGGAAGAGUAACAAACCAAGAUAACAAACUUUUUUAUAUAAAAUAAAGGAAAUGGUUUAUUGAAUAUUUACAGAUAAAUUGUAAACAGAUAAAAAUACUGGCAGGAUUAUUGUAAUAACCUGCAGCUACAUAAGAGUAUAUAUAUAAAGAAGAUAAAUACAUGAGCAAGUUAAGUUAAUCUGGAUAUGCAGAAAAUAUUAAAAAUAAAUUUAAGGAACGGCAGAAAGAAGGGGAAGGAAGUAAAGUUUUUAAAUGUCAAAAUGAUUGUAAAAUCAGUGAAAUGUAUAUAUCUGAAAAGUAUAUAGGAGGCCCCAUUAGCUAAAGUGGUGCUUCAGGUUAAGAACAGUUUCAGGUUAAGAAUGGACCUCUGGAACGAAUUAAGUACUUAACCCGAAGUACCACUGUAAACAUUGUAAGUAAUUUAGCAAGCUCUUCUGCUUAAAACAAAUAAAUGCUUUAGCACCAAUUUAAUAACUGUGUGUGUGCUUUUUAAAGGAAAAGGCUGCUUGGAAGAAAGAAUAUUUUUAAAAUCACCAUGUUGAACCUUUCCGUUUUCUGCCCACAGAUGACUUUCUAAGUCAACCACUGGGCAGUAAAACCAAAGUGCAUAUUUUCUGCUGAAGCUGUCAGGCUGCCAGAUACUUUUCAGGCCAUCCUCACUCCACAACCAUAAAGGUGCAGAGCCGCUGGAAUAUAGUGAGCUGUGAAACAGGGAAGUCUGGGUUAGAUUUUGCCUCUACAACGAAGCCACUGUGUGGACUGUUUCUCAGCCUCCCCCAUCCUGCUCAUAUAAAGAUAAUAAUGCUAAGAUAAGAACUAAAGAUAAGAACUGACUGGGGUUACUGGGAGGAUAUUCGAGGGAGUCUAUUUCAUAGACUCCCAUCAGAUGUCAAGGAAGGAAGUAAACAACUAUCUGACUUUUAGAAGAAAUCUGAAGGCAGCCCUGUUUAGUGAAGUUUUUAAUGUUUGAUGUUUUAUCAUGUUUUUAAUAUUCUCUUGGGAGCUGCCCAGAGUGGCUGGGAAAACCCAGCCAGAUGGACAGGGUAUAAAUUUGUUGUUGUUGUUGUUGUUGUUCUAGAAUAGGGGACAGCAGGGCAAUCUUUUUAUCCCUGAGGGUUGUGUGUGCAGGUGAGUAGUGUGUUGGGGGCUGCACACUUGCUCAGAUAUGUGCACAGACACACCCACCUUCACAAUUCUCAUUCCCACUCUCUCUUGCACACACCACUUUCCCCUCCGCUCAUUUCACACGUACGCUUUUAGCUCCCUCUUCACCUGCUGGCACACCUGAUUAUGAUGGUGAAAUUGCACAGCUCUAAGGCUAAGAAAAGAAGGCAAGGUUCCCCAAGUCUUGGUGGGCCCCAAGGUGUGCAGCUGAGAGCUACCGAUGGUCCACUGGCUGCAAGUUGGCCACCUAACCAGGUUCCAGUUCUUCCCCUGCUUCUGUUUCUGCCACAGGUCAUUGAAAAGAUACGCAUUCUUUAGUGAUGAGAUGAUCUGCAAGGGAAGAGAACAGUUGAUUGAAAUUCUUGAAGAGGACCUAGACUUCGUUUUGCACACCCUACACUCUUGUUCUGUCAUCACACUACAAGAAUACAAGGAUGUUUUCAAAAUGGAGAAAGAUUCUAAAGAGAAAAUCAAAAAAUUGCUAAGUAUAAUCCUGGAAAGGGGAGAACAAGCUUGUUGUCGGUUCCUGGAAUGUUUAGAAAUGGUACGUCCAGCUUCUGUUCUGAUCCUACUAUUUGCAGUACUGGGUGGAUUUGACUUCAUGUCAUUCUUAUUCCUCAAGGUCAUUUUUUGCACCUUUCUUCAUUUUCACAACAGUCAUAUUGGUUUAAAAAUAAAGUCCAGGUUUCUGACCAGUCAGUGCUGCAGUCUGAAUCCCUCCUAUUCAGAAAGGAAACGAGGAACCAGAAAAUGGAGCAUUCUGAAGAUCCUGGAGAAAGCGUCAUGUGCAUCCAGUGUCCCAGCGAGGUAAGGGUUGUACUGGCUGCAUCAAAACAGGGGGCUCCAUGUGCUAAUAAACCAUGGCAAGUGGGCAAUGGGCACUUAUGACACUGUGUAUCCAGUUUAGUUUGGAAUCUUCUUGCCUCACUCAUAUUUUGUGGGGGGGUCCAGCUAUUUGUUACAUUGCAAUCCUCCUGUUUCCCGGAGCUUACCGUAUUUUUUGCACCAUAACACUCACUUUUUUCCUCCUAAAAAGUAAGGGGAAAUGUCUGUGCGUGUUAUGGAGGGAAUGCCUACGGGUGGCAUGCCUACGGAUUUUCCUCCUCUAAAAACUACGUGUGUGUUAUGGUCGGGUGCGUGUUAUAGAGCGAAAAAUACGGUAAAUCUUUCUUCAUUUGCAUGCAUUGUGGUACAGUACUUUCCAAUACUGCCAUGUCCACAGGUGUCUCCAGAAAUAAUUCUCUGGGUGAAAGGAGAGUGGGAGAAUCUGGUAUGGAUGGACACCAAGUGCCAACCCACAGUGUCCCCUUCUUCCCCCUCAUCAGUACUUAGGGAGGAAAUGUUAAUGGAUGUUUGGGUUGCAGCCAUGCUAUAAUCACCAUAAUGAGAUAUUUUGGAAGAUUAUAUCUUCUUUUAAAGUUUUUUUUUUAAUGGAUCAGCAGUUCACACAGUAUUUCAGAAUUCAGCAUAGGUCCAAUUACUAUACUAAAAAUGAAUACAGAAUGCAGCAGGUAUAAAGAGCUUUUAGCAAUGUGGAGCUGUGGGGUGGAGCUCAAGAAGGGAUCCUUGGUGUGGUCAUAGUGGGUGUUUCUAUUUUCAGAUGGGAGGAGGAAUAUGGUAUCAAUUUGGACCCUUUAUUCUUUGUUAUAGGAGCUUCCAGGAAAGAUAAGACCAGAGAAAGUUUGGGAUUCACAAAUGAGCCAUGAAACUUACAGGUGAGUAGUACUUCCUACCAUCAGAGAAUGUUUUCUGCAUUGCAUAUGGAUAUGGUGAUGCUCCCACAUUGCAGUGCUCUCUAAGGCAUACUCUGCUUGCCCCUGUGGGUGCACAUCGCUGUGGAAGAUGAGUAGUGGACAUAAAGCAUGUACCCGCUAACAUAAAUCCUGGCUACGCCCAUGCCACAGCACAGUAUCAGAUGAAGAGCCAAAAGUUAAGUACCAAAAUUCCAGUCAAUGCUGGACUGAAAUACUGCUAAUGAUCAUUAUUAUCAAGAGAGAACAUUUGACAUGACCCACAAAUCGCUUAUAAGAGUAUCAGCCAUAACAGUAGAGGAAGCUGCAUCAAUCUCUUUCAACCCCUUUUGUCUUUCUCGCCUUCAGAUUUUGCUUCACUGAGGCUGGCUCCUUCCUUUGUUGUUGUACUGACCUUAUAUUUAAGGUAAGGGGAGCUGUGACCAUAACAUACCACUUUGAUUCAUGGACUCAACACCUGCAUGAAUGGCAAAUGAUAGAGCUGGCUGUCGCUGGUCCUUUGCUCAACAUCCGAGCGGAUCCAGAAGAAGCUGUGGCAGAAGUUCACUUUCCUCACUUCUUGUGUCUUACAGGUAUGGUAGGAAGAAAAGCUUCCAAGAAUAGAGUGUUAAUAUUCAUUCCUGUUUAAGAUUCUUCCUUUUGUCUAUCAUGUACAUUCCUUAAUGGCUGAAUAAUGCUAUGGGCUGGUUCAUUGGAUCACAAUGCUUGAUCUGCCUUUUGUGGCUUCUUUUGAUUUUGCAAGAAUUCUAUCUUUUUGCAAGAAUUCUGCUUUUUUCUUUGACUUACUAUAUUUUGUACUGUAUGACUUACUUAUUUUGUACUGUAACUUGCUUUGGGAGGACAUUGCUCUGCAAUGUGGGCUUUUAAAAACACCUCUAGAUUAUAAGAACAAAAGAAACACUUAAGAACAUAGAAUGGGUCUCCUGGAUCAGGCCAAUGGCUUGACUUGCAUUAAACAGGAAGGGAGAAGGGGUGAGUUUUCUCACCCAAACUCAAGUCUACAGUAUAGUGAACUGUUUUCCCAUGUUUCCCUUGUGUUUCUUUUCAGGGAAAGACAGUUCCCAUGUCUACAUAGCACAUUUUGUUGAAGGAAAGAUGAGACUGAAUAAGCCAGAUCGCGUGCAGCCGUAUCAUGCUGUAUUGAAAGCCCCCCGCUUCUAUACCUGUGGGGUCAUCUUCAAAAAGGCAUUGUUUAAGCGAAAGAUAAUGGUCCACGCCAUGGCACUGCUCUAUCAGGAGCUGGAAAUCUCAGUCCCAAAAUUCCACCUGUACCUCCUACCCAAUGACUCUUCCCUAAGAAAGGUAACUAAGAAUCUCCAACUCUGAUUUGUGUUCCGGGCAGGCUAGAUUAUUAGUCUGAUUUUGAUUAUGAAAACAAUGAUACUAUUGAAUGUCUGUUCUGUUGGAAGUGCUGAGAUGCAACUCCGUAUGUGCUGAAGGCUGAUGUAGCUGCAUGGGUGAAAGUAGUUAGAGAGAGGACUCUCUAAGUUUUCCUAGACUGUCCUUUAACCUUUGCUGAACUUCCUUCAGGCUAGAGUGAAAUUCUUUGGGUUGCUGACCUCUACUUCCUUCUUCUCCAUGCC